AUGAUUGCCAUGACAAUGGACACGCUGGCCAUCUGGUCGUCGCGCAAGAAGAAAGAAAACCAGGGUAAGGACGCAGAGAAAGCGAUCGAUGACCUUGAAAUCACCGUCCCCCGCUGCAAGCCAGAAACCAUCAGCGCCCUCUGCAAGUCCACAAAGUUCAACAAGGACGAAAUCAAAAGGAUUUAUCAGGGCUUCAAACAGUCAUGCCCGUCAGGUAUCGUCAAUGAAAACACCUUCAAAGACAUGUACUGCCAAUUUUUUCCACUUGCAGACACAACUCAAUACGCGCACUACGUUUUCAAGGCGCUGGAUAAAGACAGAGCUGGGACCAUCAAUUUCAAAGAGUUCGUGAUGGGCCUGUCGGUGCUGUCUCGGGGCUCGUCGCGGGAGAAGCUCCAGUGGGCCUUCAACCUGUACGACAUCAACAAGGACGGCGCGGUCACCAAGGAGGAGAUGUUCGAGAUCAUCUCGUCCGUCUACAGCCUGCUGGGCCACUACUCGGCGCCCAUGGCGGACGAGCGGUCGGCCAGGGAGCACGCCGCCAGGGUCUUCCAGAAGUUGGAUUUAAACAAGGACGGUGUAGUCACCUACGACGAAUUCAUUGAGACGUGUUUAUUGGAUGAAGACAUCGUGAAGUCCCUGAGCGUCCUGGACACGGUGCUGGACUGAUCUGUCUUCCAAGAACGGACGUGGCAAGGAC